AUGAUCGCCGCCGACCCAUGCCAGACAAGUUCGGGCGGUGCACUCCCGCCUGUGCGCCGUGCACACGCCCUCCGACCUCGAUCUCUGGCGAGUCUGCUCAUCAUUGUAUUGGGAUGUAUCUCUCUUGCCCGAGUGCCUGUCACAGUCCUUGCUGCUCCGACUCCAAGCGGCUGUCCUAACAGGGCGUCCUCGGUCGCCGUGCCGCCCGAGUAUGCGAACGCGCCUCGACGUCGGAACCCCCGGUCGCGAAGGGUGCAGAAACGGGAUACGUCGGUGGAAGGAUAUUCGGCCUUGGUCACCUUUGGAGCUAGUUAUACAGGUCAGUCGUUGUGGAAGAUAACUGCGUCGACCUUGGAGAUGCGUCAUGCAAGGGCAAACUGGCCCCAGAUAGCGCUUUUCGGAACUAGAAACUGAGGCCCUACCCCUUUUCAACCCUCCUCCCUUGCUUUCUCGCUUGAGAACAGACAACGCGCAUGCGCGGGCGGCCAAGUAUUUGGCCAGCAUUCGUACCUUUGCACCGUAUAGCAACGGACGAUACAGCAAUGGACCCGUGGAGGUCGAGUAUAUGGUCGACCCCACCGUCAGUCCCGCUAUGCCGGUCGCUGCCGGCGUGACGAAAGUGAAAUUGAUCGAUUGUGAGUGUGGCACUUCGAGCCCUCGUGGAUGUUUGGAAGCAGACAAGUAUCUGAAGAUUAUAACCUUGGAAUACCAUACAGAUGCUUUCGGAGGAUCCGUGAUUUUGAAUGGACUUGCCGGAACCGAAGGCACCGCCUCGGCCCCGGGCAUCGUCACCCAGGUGAGUGAAGGUUGAGGAGUCGGAACGUUUUGGCCAUGUCCUACCUAGCUAAUACAUGCCUUAUCUCUCGCUUUUCCUCAGAUGUCCAUGUAUCUGAAUGACCUGAAAACCAAGACUGCCAACGUCGGUUCAGGUCGCGUUCUACACUACUUCAACUCUGGUGAGUGUCAACCCGCCUGACAACCUGUCAUCACGUCUCGUCGGUAAACGCAGCGCAUACCUGCUGACGUUUCAACACCCGGCUUCUCUACAGGAAUCAACCCGGUUGAGCAAAUUUGGUACCGCUCGAUUCGAAAUGGGCUUUCGACGAGUGCCACUCAAGCUGCGAGGAUCGCAGUGACGCUGAGUGUCAACACCUACAUUGCCGGCAUUGUCAAACUUGUCAAUGAUCCUACCCUCGCCUCGUAAGUCGUGCUCGCUCUCCCGCGUCCCAGGAUGGGACCACCGAGGCUUCGUCUGACAUCCACGCCCCCUCUGUGUCUAUUUCGCGCAGCGAUGUCGUCACGGCGGAUUAUAUGGUGGUCGGAAUCCCGCAUCUCGAUACCGUCCCGUCAUUCCGGUUUCUCGUCCCGUCAAGAUUCUCCAACUUGGAUCGACAACAAGCGCUGGCGCAAUUGUCAGUGUUGUCGCAAAUGUACAACUUUGCUCUUCAAGCGCUCGUCGUGCAGCUGAGGGCUGCGGCGGGGCCGACUUCGCGCGUGUGGUAUUACGACCUUACCGCCUUGGUCAGUUGAAAAAUGUCUUCCAUUGAAAGAACAUACGAACGCUUUGCUGACGCGGCGAACGCGCCUCCUCUUUAGUGGCAAGAGAUGUACAAAUCGCCAGGGUCGUACGGCAUCACCGUUUCGCCAGUGACCACACCUUGCUACAGCAAAGGCAAGCUGUGCGCCAACCCGAAGAGCUUUUUGUACUUUGACACCCUGCACCCGGUGACGUCUGUUCAUCGGAUGAUGGCGCAGAACAUGAACGCCGAGUUGUCGAACCCACAGGCGGUGAUUGCCUAG